ACAUCAAAUUCAACUAUUCAACUGCUUCGCAUAUUCGAAUCGCCGUAGACAUUGCCAAUCGUCAUAGCGGAAUUUGAAAAUUUUAGGAAGUUGAGAAAGAAGAAGGAACAAAACAAGAAAGGUAUUGUUUUCCAUGUGCUAACGACAACAGUUACAAGAUUUGCAAUGACUUUAACAAAAUUGCCUUUGGUGCCUCAAUGGAAAAUUCCUGGUAGUUGUGUAUGCACUCCAGAUGGAGGUUUCCUUUAUGUGGGUUAUCGUAGCAUCAAUUUUAUAAGCAAAGUAAAGACCCCGACAGAAGAACCAUUAAUACGAGCUUUUCAUACUCGUCAAUCUGUACUCAACGUAGACGUCGAUCCAUACUGGGGCAAGAGUGUUCAAAAUGGCGCUGAGCAGACAACAAAGGUGCCAAAUGAGAUUAAAUUAUUUGCGAUUUUGAGUCAGGAUAGAAGUGUACAAAUAUGGGAUUUUAACAAGGGUUGUGCUAUUCAGGGACAUAAAGCCCAUUGUAGCAAUUUGCAUUCCAUGGAUGGUCCAUUACCACAAAUUUAUAGCAGCGUAGUUUUAAUGGGUUACAUGUGUAAUCGCAAUAUUUUGUCAAUUGAUUAUCAAGAUAUUGUUGUCUACUGUGUUACUUCCAAUUCAUUUUGCCGACGGCCACUAUUUGUACCUCCGCGAAAUAACCAGUUGACGGCUUUGAAGUGUUCGAGUUACAAUGAGAAUCACUUUGCUGUUGGAACAAGACGCGGUUUAGUGUUACUAUGCGAUUUGCAACAAAUGAUCAUUCUUUAUACAUUGCGUGGUCACGAUUCAGCAAUAAUAUCAUUGUCAUGGAAUCGAAUUGACGUAUGUCCAAGUGCAAAACUUGCAACUAAUACUGAACAGGAAAAAACAGCAAAAAAGCUCUUUCGCUCCGAAACAGUCGAUGCCGAUGAUAUAUUUGAUAUUUACGAUUAUGAUUAUCUUGACAAUGAAUUUGGAGCACCUCCUCAAGAAACGAUGCAAAAGUCUGGUUUCGAAGUAGAUUAUGUUAGCACUGAAAAGCCUAGGGAAACCACCGCAACGGCUAAAUUUGAUUUCGCUGAAGCAUGUGAAAAUUUGAAAGAGGAAAUUAACGCGAUGCGUGAAGAUCAGCCACAAGUUUCUCACGAAAAUGCGGUUACACUUGAGGAAUGUAAGCAAGCUGCUUGCCAUAAUGACUUGUCUUCGUCAUGCGGCGACGAGGAAGAUGAUGAACACACGAGCAUGACUGACCAUGAUUCUGAAAGUCUAGAUGCACUCAGCCGCUCAUCUACAGACGAGAGCGUUCACGCGGAUGGCGUUGAUCGCAAAUCCAAACAACAGGUUUUAGUUGAAGUACAUGCAAGUCAAACAUUAGAUCAUAAUAAGAAAAAAUGCGAUUUUGCAUCGGAAGAUGGGUCACCAGAACAGGCGUCCCAAUUGCUUUGCGAAGCGAAAAUAAAUUCGAAGGAAUCCAAUACAACGGAAGAAUCAGGCAAUAGGUGCUUGCAGGAUGUUCUGCUAGCGUCGGCCAGUUUGGACGGUAGUUUUUGGGUUUGGAAUGCAAGCAUGGGAUCUUCAUGCGACAAUCGUAAAGUUCGCAGUUCUCAUGGUGGGAAAAAUUCGCAUGUUCAAGUACAGUGGCUGAAUGCAACCACUUUGCUUUCUUCUAAUAAAAAUGGAGAAUUGCAAUUUUGGGAACUACAACCAUUACCUAUCGACGAAAAGUACGAUGUACGCAUUUAUAAAUUUAAAGAAAAUAAGCGGAAAAAUCUACAACAGUCUGUAGUUGGUUUCAGCACAUUUCAGGGCGAGCAAUUGUUGUGGUGCGUCUCAUCCCGUCGAGAAAUCUCGCUGGAAGAUAUAGCGGCCGAAAAGUUUAGGUUAAAAUUUGGUUGCGUUUCAACCAAUAUAGGUGCCAUGUGCGAAUGCCCAGACGAUAUGAAUAAAAUUGCUUUAGGUUUUUCGGAUCGACGUAUUGGUAUCACUGACAUAUCAAACAUGACGUCGACUCAGGUCCAUAUUCAAAAUUUUUCGUGUCGGAUCGAUUCGGCUGUCUUGUCGCUCGCUUGGAGUCCAGAUAGUAAAAAAAUCGCUUUUGGCACUGCGGAGGGUAGAGUGGGCGUUCUAAACGUGGAAUCGUCGGGCAAACAGCAGACGACAAUAUUCAAUCCCAUUUAUGGCAAACCGAUCUAUUCGAUUUGCUGGCUAGAGAAACACAUUUUCGUUGUGUGUAACGAACGCAUUGCCAUUUAUGACGACGAGUCGCCAUCAAGAGAUGCUCUUGUUAUUCCUAAUAUAUCGGGUGUGUCGACAUUAUCAGUAUAUAAUAAUUACCUAUUUGUUGGCACUCAGAAAGGUCACCUUCACUUAUACGCUCGAAGAAUUGAUGCCGAUUCUAAGCAAAGUUUCGAAAGCGUACAACAGCUGGAAUUGACUUCUCGCUACAUUACCGGGUUAGCUUGGAGUCCCUUAGCAACCAAUCGAUUAGCGACUGUAGCUAAUGCUAACAGCAUUUACGUGCUAGAUUUUAACGAAGUAAACGGCAAGUUAAAGAUAUAUCGAAAAAUUGAAAUAAAUUCGCCGAAGGCGGCAAAUGCUUGGGUUAAAUGGAGUAAUCAUAAUGCAAACAUAUUUGUAACAUUUGGUUUCGAUGGCGCUGUCCGCGUUUGGGAUUUAUCGCAUGAUUCCAAGGAAGAAUGUUUCGUGAAACACUAUCACUGCCCGAUGACAUGUGGCCUGUUCCUGCCCAAUGAUGAGAAAAUUGUUAUAUGCUGUGGUAAGAGCACGUCAUUGGAAUUGAUAGAUAUGCGUGUAGAGAAAACGGAUGAUACCAAAAGUAAAACGAAACGUUGCCAUUCUCGAAUCACGGACAAUGUUCAAUGGGCUACAAAAGCUUUGACGCGUAAUAAUGGAAAGGUUACGAAACCUGCAAUUGCCGAAAAGAAAAGUGAUUGUCGCCCGUUAAAAAUGGCCAAAAGAGAAGUGGAACAGAUUACCGAACAGACUGACGACGAAAACCUUAAACAUAAUAACAAUAAUUGCGAAGAGGUUUCUACAAUGUUGGAAAACUUAAAUUUAGAAAAACAUAAUCAAAAUUCUUCCAUGUUUUUGAAGAAUCCACCAACAUUACUAUACCUACUGACAAAAGAAUUAAAUAAGGAUGCUUUGAAUGUAAUGUACAAUUGGCUGACAAUCCCGUCCCAUAAAAAGUCUGAUCAAAACAUAUCUUUAACUGCUCGACUUUAUGGUUCCAAGAUGAACGCGAAGCAUUUGUUGGAAGAAGAGUUGAAAAAUCAUCAGCACAGUGAAACCAAAGGCAUUGCUGGCUUAUUUAUGUCGCAAUUAAAUAAUAAUAUUAAGGAUGAAAUCCUUAAAUGCGUUCAGGCAAAGCAAUUGAAUGAAUGGCAUGUUUCUUUGGCGCCCACCGUAUCGCAUAGUUUUUGGUUGAAAUGCUGUCAAGCUUUUGCUGAACAACUUAUUGACCAAGGUGGUUAUGCUUUGCAGGCAGCAACUUACAUGUUAGCUAUUCAUCGUCAUCAAGAUGCCAUACAAAUGUUACUUAAUCAGAAAUACUUUAAGGAGGCCCUGCUUAUUGCUCGCAUCUAUUUACAAGCCGAAGAUCCUCUAAUUAAUACUAUUACCGAGCAGUGGAUCAAUCACUUCUGCACCGUUGGCAAUCUCACUGGAGCUGCUCUUUUAUCUUUAUUAUCUAAUCAAAAAAAUCGGGCUUACGAAUGCCUGGCUAAAAUACGCAAUAAUUCUCCGGAUGUGGAACGUAUUUUAAAGUUACUGAAAUCAUCUGACACACCCUAAAGUGAAUUAAAGAAAGGGCUUACAUUUUUCUUGUUUUUGCUUUAGGUUUUUAUUUACUUUUUUUUUUAUGUUAAAAAUGAAUUUUUCUGUAUAU